AAUGAGCCGACCUAGUGGCAGUGCGAAAUCUCUAAAAUUGCCGGAGCAUGUUCCAUCACCAGCAAAAAUAAUAAAGGAAGCUAAAGAGGAAUUGGCCAGAUUACCUCAUGACCCACUACGAACAAGAAGCACAAGGCGUCCUGAAACACCAAAAGAUAACUCGAGGAAGCUAUUUGAUCGAUCAGGCACAGAACAUCGUCCUCCGAGCACUUUUAGUUUGGGAAGCCGACAUUUUGACGCAAAUUCUAGGCCUACUUCUUCGAACACUCGUCAACUAGAACCUCUAGAGCAUAAGCCUCGUCUCUCAAUUGACGGAGAUAGUCUUGCAAUAGCACCAAAGCCUCCAGCUGAUCCUAAUAGAUCAAAGAGACCUGUUAGAUUAAAGCAAUCAGAUUCCGUUGAAACCCUUACGUCUUUACCAAGACGAGAAUCGUCAGGAAGCGUUGCAGGAUUAGAUACUGAACAAGAUGGAAGUGGAGAUAGCCACGUGCCAAGAAUAGGAAGCGGUAAAAAACUAGAAAAGCCUUCCAGUGCAGGUAAACGAUAUGAAGGAGAAACUACAUCUAGAACUGGUAGCGGCUCGAAGCGAGCAGGAUCUGCUGGCAAAGCAAGAAAAAGUGAAGAAACACAGGAGAAGUUAGAAUAUACCGAAACAUAUAUCAUGCCUCUCCUAAAUUCUAUAAAUGAAAAUCAGAAAGACGUGGAUAAAUUAAUAAAAAUAUGCGGAGAUCUAUAUUGCUUUUUGGAAAAGCAUAAUUUGCUGGGAAAAGCGUGUAGAAGCCGUUCAACUAUUUUAAAGCAUAUAUUUGGUUUGCUCGAUGUUGACUCUCCCAAGCUAGCGUUAAAAACCGCAACAUUAGUAUUAGCCCUAAAAGUCUCCGGUUCGAAUUUACUGAAUGUGUUCAAAUUGAUUUUCAAGAUAAGCAAAAAUGAUAGGAACGAUGACUUAUUCCUGGAUAAAGAUCUAAUGAAUCUGUAUCUGCAAAGUUUAGAGAAUUGUGAAAAUUUGGAUGCCCUCAUAUAUGGUAUAGGAAGUUUGAAAUUUUUAACUAUUAAUUCCAAUUGUGUUAAAAUGCUGGCCGGUUGCCAAAUGAUUGAAAUAUUAUCAAAAAUUUUGGAAAAAUUGAUUUUACUUGGAAAUCAAGAUAGUAAUGUAAGUGCUACUUUGGUACUGUUAACAGCCUGUAUACGUAACAUUGCUGACGUUAACGAAGUACGAGGGUCCUUGAUUACAAACGGAACAAUAAACGAGUUAAUGAAGUUAUAUAAAAUUUGGACCGAUGAUAAGAAUAUAAUAAUGAAUACGUCUAGGACAUUCAGUAAAUUAACCUUACACACUGAAUUUGUUAAGGCAGUUAGUAAUUGCAGUGAAUAUUUUCCAUACGUUUUGAAUUCUUUGGAAUGCCAUCGAGUUAAGGAAGAUAUUUCCGUUAGAAUUUGUUUUUUCUUGGGAAAUCUUGCUGCGAAAGAAGAUAGGAAUAGACUAGCAAUAUGGAAUGAUGGAAAAUCAGCCGAUAUUUUGAUCAGAGUAAUCAAGCUAUAUGCAGAGCCUAUAAUGGAUGUGGAAAAAAGGGAAGAUCAAACAAAGAUGAUAGAUACACUAGUAAAAGCCAUAAGAUUAAUAGCCAAUAUUGCAAUAAGAACGGAAGUCGGCAUUGGGCUGGCUUGCAGGGAAGACUUAGUAUUGCUUCUAGUUCAAUUGUUGACAAAACUACAAAGUGGCAACGAUACUGAUGAACUUUUGGUGAACGUCUUGGCAACACUAAAUAAUCUCAGUUAUUAUGAUGACUCGAAAUCUUUUGUUACAAGACAUAUGCUAUCAAUAGUAUCAGUUAUUCCUAAAUUCGUUGACUAUAAGAAAGUAGAAGCAAUGACAGAGGCGAACAGAGUAUUGGGAAAUCUCUCUAGAGACAGAGCAAUAAGAGAUUGGAUGGUUGAACAUAGAAUGGACGAAGCUCUAAUUACACUGUUAGAAUCUGAGCACGCUGAUGUUGUCUUCUCUGCUUGCGGUGGACUAAUAAAUUUAAUGAAAGACGAGGAAAAGAGAGGGAGGCUUAAGGACCAUCACGGAGUCGAAAAAUUAAUUGAUGUUCUCCGAGAUUACGGACGUGAAGAUCCCAUUUUAGCAUCUCUCGUUUGUAAAAUUUUCUUAAACUAUACCGGAAAGAUGGCACGGUCUGAAGAAUAUCUGGGAGAGAAAAAUAGUCUCGAUUUAAUUGAAAUUAUCAACGAUAUCAUAGAAGUAGACAGCGAUGAAGGAGACGAAGGUAUGCAGGAAUAUGUUCAAAGAUGUGUUGAAGAGGAACUUAUUCCAGUAGCCAGAUCGCUCAAAAGUAGAAUAUCAAAAAAUCUAAGUAAUUUUGAACCUUUACCGCCACCUUAG